AUGAUGGUCGCUACGCUCGUCCACACGCCACCACCGGUGGUGGAGAACUUCUACCAGAGCAGCUUCAAGCAGCUCAGCAUGGCACAGCAGAAACAAGUGGGGCUUCUCGUGGGGGUGGCCGUCGCAGAUGCAGCGGCGCGCCCGCUGAACGGCUACAGCCAAGAACAAGUGGAGACGUACCUGAAAAACAAGCGUGAGGAGACUCGUGGUGCGGCCUCAGGGCCAACUACCGUGGCAGAGACAGAGAGCAGCUUCUUGGCGUUUGCACGCGUGCCACCGCAGGAGAUCAAGGUGCGCAACGAUGCUGAGCACAGCAGCGAAGAUAGAUCCCCAGUUGCAUCUUCAUCGUUGUUGGCCUCGUCUUCUGCCCCCCACUUCGUUCACUCCUUUACAUAUCAGUUGUACUUCGAGGUGCUGCGCGCUAUGAGUAGUGCACGUGGCGAGUUCGCUGUAGACUACGUGCAGGAACGCCUUGUCCGCGUUGCUGCGGAGGUGGACGCGCAGCAGACGUUCGCCGCCGAGCAUGCAUCGCUCCUGCACACUCUCUGCACGCUGCUGCCCACCCCCGCCAUCUAUCCCUAUGCCAGUGACGCCGCGCUACGAAGGUACCUCGAACCGUUCACUGCGUUCCUCACAGAGUCUCCAAUGCCCCUGCAAGUGGUCGAUGCCGACUGCGGGUCGUUUGCUGAGGCUGCUGCCACCGAGCGGGCGGCGGUGCGGGACUACACCUUCUCUGUACUCGGCGUCGUGCUACGACAGCUGCAAAGCAACCCCGAUGCCACGCGCAACGCAGCAUUCAUGGCGGUACCUGGCACUGGCGCGGUGUUCCCGGCAGAUGUGCGGCCCUUCGUUCCAUCCACUGUGGCCGCGUCUGCGGAGACUCGCGCGUCGCCUUGCAGAGUACAGCGACACGUAACCACCCGUACCACUUCAAUGAGCUCCUCAGCCAUGGCUGGCACUGGGUGGCUACCGCGGCGAUGCACGGCGGCGGACACUGCCACGGUGUGUGAGGGGCUCAGCAUUGCUCGUGGCCCCGUUACGUUUGCGCAGGGAGUCGCGCAGGCGAUCCGACUCGGGGGCCCAACGUGCCAGCGAGCUAUGCUGGUCGGCGCGUUGCUGGGGGCAAAGCUUGGUGUGCGACACAUUCCGAUGGAGUGGCUGAGUGCCACGGCCGAUCACAAGCCUGUGUCCACGAUGGCACUGGAGGUGGCGCAGUGGAGUUGGAACCCCCCACACCACUAA